CGGUGAAAUGUAAACAAAGAAUAUUCGCUGAAUGACCAGUACACCAGUCCUCUUCUGGUAGAAUCCAAAAGUUCAAAAUGAGAAAACCAAAGACAGAAAGCAAUACCAGGGAAAGUGACAUGGAAAGGGAGAGUGCGAUUAUAAAAAACAUUGAAUCCACGACCCAAACUAGCGUUAAUACUAUAUCGGAUAGGUUAAGUCAGGAAACCUUAAAUUUAGACCAAACAAUAGAUGACUUUAACUCUGUUUGUGUCAAAAUCGAGACUGAUGAUAAUACGGCUGCUGAUUUUUAUUCUAUGUGUGCCAAAUUAGAACAUUUUCGAUGGGAAAAGAUAAAUACAGAUUGCAACAAACAAGAUGUCUUCAAAUUAGUACAUGAACAAACAGGAUGUUUACAUAUGGAUCAAGAUUACACCAAACCAGAUGGCUUCAUCUCUGCAUCUGUGAAAUCAGAACAGACUGAAUGUAAAGAUGUCAUCCGACAAGCUUGUGUCAAUUCUGUAUUUGUGAACAAAAACAUGUCUGCCAAAUCAAAUGCACAUACAACACAAGAUGAGCUCCAUUCUAUACGUAGGAAAAUAAAAGAGUCACUAAAUCCAAAUACAGACCAGAGUUAUCUAACUACUAAUGACCUCAAUUAUGAAUGUGAUAUAGCUAAACAGUAUAUAAAUACAGAUACAAACCAUGGAAAUACAACAGCAAAUUAUGACAAUGCUUUAUAUGAUCAUACAUAUUCAAACACACCUGAGAAUCAAGCUAAACUGGCCAACCUAAAUUCUGUAUUUCUGACAAGGGAAGAGAUUGAACUUUCAAAUGUUGACCAGUAUUGUGCUAGACCAACUGAGGAUGGAAAGUCAAUACAAAUGUACCAUUUCUUAAACCUUAGUGUUCCAAGACAUUCAAACCCUGAAAACGAUGACUCAGAGAUGUUCAUUGAGCUUGAGAAAAUGAAAAGCAAGCGCUGUCAUUCAACUCUUCCGGCACCAAAGAGGGGUCAAGGUUGGUCCUCAGGAAAAGUCAAGCCCAAGGGUGCUUCAGCAAGAGGUGACGAAUUGCUGGUCUGGCACGGAGAUGAAUUCGCCAGAGAACUUGGCAUUAUCAGAGACAAGAACUUGUGCAGUUAUUCCAGUAAAAACAGUGGUCACUUGAAGGAACGCAUGAGGAUACAUACAAAAGAGGGACCAUACAAGUGUGAGGAGUGCGGCUAUUCAUGUAAACAUAGAUGUCAAUUGAAGAGACACAUGAUGAUACACACAGGAGAGAGACCAUACAAGUGUGAGGUGUGUAGUAAAGCAUUUAAACGGAGUGGUGACUUUAACAAACACAUGAUGAUUCAUACAGGAGAGAGACCGUACAAGUGUAAGGUGUGUGGUUAUGAAUGUAACAGGAGUAGUACCUUGAAGAAACACAUAAUGAUACAUACAGGUGAAAGACCGUUCAUUUGUGAGGAGUGUGGUUAUGCAUUUAAGGAGAGUUGUGACUUGAAAACACAUAUGAAGAUACAUACAGGAGAAAGACCAUACACGUGUGAGGUGUGUGGCUAUUCGUGUAAACAUAGUAGUCAAUUGAAGAUACACAUAAUAAUACAUACAGGAGAGAGACCGUACAAGUGUGAGGAGUGUGGUUUUGCAUGCAACAUGAGAAGUAGCUUGAAGAGACACAUGAUGAUACAUACAGGAGAGAGACUGUACAAGUGUGAGGUGUGUGGCUAUUCAUGUAAACAUAGUGGUUACUUGAAAAGACACAUGACAAUACACACAGAAAAGAGACCGUUUAAGUGUGAGUUAUGUAGUUAUGCAUGUAAGAGGAGUUGUGACUUGAUGACACACAUGAAAAUUCAUACAGGAGAGGGACCAUACAAGUGUAAGGUGUGUGGCUAUUCAUGUAAACGCAGUUUUCACUUAAAGAGACACAUUAGGAUACAUAAAGGAUUGCAGACUCUUCAAGUGUGAGGAGUGUGCAUAUGCUUGUAGCCAGAGUUGUAACACAUGAGGAGGAAGACCGUACAAGUGUGAAAUGUAUCGCGAUUCAUGUAAACAUAGUGGUAAUUUGAAGAAAUACAUGAGGAUACAUACAGGAGAAAGUAUGUAGACGUGUGAGGUGUGUGGCUAUUAAUGUUAACAUUGAAGUAAUUAAAGGAACACAUGUGGAUACAUACAGGAGAAAGACCGUUCAAGUGUGAGGCGUGUGGCUAUGAAUGUAACCAGUGUAGUACCUUGAAGAGACACAUGAGGAUACAUACAGGAGAGAGACAGAACAAGUGUGAAGUGUGUAGUUAUGCAUGUAAGGAGAGUGGUCACUUGAAUACAAAUAAGGGGAAACAUAGAGGAGAAAGACGAUACAUCUGUAAGGUGUGUGGUUAUGCAUUUUACAAGAGUGGUAAUUUGAAGACACACAUGAUGAUGCAUACAGGAGAGAGACUGUAGAAGUGUGAGGAGUGUGGUUAUGCAUUUAAGCAAAGUGGUCACUUGAAGACACAUAUGAUUAUACGUACAGGAGAGAAACAAGUGUGAGGUGUGUGGUAACAAGCGGUGACUGGAAGAAGCCGAUAAAAGAUCCUGUCUACACUUUUUAGGUCAAGCCAUUUGGUUGUAAAAUAGCCUUGACCUAUGUAUCACAGAAUUAAUAUAGACUUGUGUUUUAAAAUGACUAAAGAAUCUUCUCUAAAAGGAGAAAGUUCACAUGUGUAACAUAUGGCAAGUAAAUACGUAUUGUGUUCCUUCACCAAUGUACAAUGUCCCUAAGGUAAAAAGUUGCUUCGUAUAAACUGUGAUGUUUCCAUUAUAUUUAUAUUGGAAAAACUUCAAAAAUUGUCCUCUCUGAACUUUUAAGGCCCAGAGGUGUGGUAUUUGGCAUGUAACAUCAACAUUGAGGUUUUGUACCAAUUUUUUUUAAAACAUACCAAUAUGUCAAAACUGGCCCGGUUAGUUGUAACCUGUUUUCCAUAUAUGCAUAUACACUAUGUAGUUUUAUCUAAAAUAUCUAUGAAACCCCUGGUAACAGAGGUUUUAUUUUAGCACAAAGGGUUGGUAUUUGGUUGGUACAUGGCAGGGUUCGACAUUAACUUUUUUACAGCAAGACCGUCGGACCAGCUCCUCUUAAAAUGUAUUAGCCCGAACCUGAUGUUUACUAGACCAUAAAUGACAUAGCAAAUGAACACAAUUGUGUCAUGUAACUGUUAAAUCAGGAUUUAUCAGUACAUAAUCAGUGAACACCAGAUUUUUGUAUGCAUUUAGUAAAACAAUAAAAUAACCUUUUUUUGCUUUUCUUCGUCAAAUUCAAGCCAUGGGAACUGACUCGAUUUUCCAUCUAUGAUAAAAUUGACGUUUUUGUGUUUCUUUAUAUUUACGUUUCGUGUCAGUUAAGCGUCGGAUUCUUUUGUAUUAACUGAUUUGUCGGACAAAAAUCCGAACUUGAACAAAGCCAUUCUUUAAAUUACAUUAUCUUGUCUGCUACGCAAAAAAGUUUACAUUGACAAUACCGAUUUUCAAUAGAAGUUGUAAAAUCAUGCCCUACAGUUUUACGACACUGCAGAAAAUCAUUAAUAUUCAUGACAACUUGACCAAUUGAAACAAACAAUUUCUGCAGGAAGCUCUCCUUUGUGUCUAAAAUAGCGAUGAAUCAUGUGAAUGCUCCCCGUUUAUUUAAAUAUACUAGUUUUGUUUUAAUGUAAAUAACGGAUACAAGAGUAAUUUUACACAUUAAAAGUAAAGGUUUUCACAGCAGUUAUUUAUAGUUAUUUGAAUCCGUAUAGAUUUUUUUUUAAUUUAUGUACGACCAGUCGGACAAGUUAGCCCGCAGUUUUACUAGCCCGACCACCGAUCUUACUAGACAAUGUCUGUCGGACGUGCCUUAGUGUCGAACCCUGCAUGGCAUAGUGGCCAUCUAUUAAGUCUGUACAAAUGGUGCCAAAUAUUCAAAAUCGGCCACGACGUGUGGUUUUUUAUUUCCAUAAAGUGUAAAACUUUCACAAUCUUCUCCUCUAAAACUGCAACGCAAGGAGUUUUGAUUAUGACCAGUUGCAUGGUUUUGUUAUCCUCAACCAAGUUUGUAAAAAUCCUGCCGAUGUGAUUGAAAUUGGCUUGGGGCGUCCCGAAGUUGUUGAAAUGACAUCUCUGUCGGGAUUGAAAGUGCUGUGGUAAGUUUUAUAUUCCUAUAUGGCUUUAAUAAAACGUAGUGAACACAGAUAGUGUAAAUAUAGCAGUAAUUCUUAUAGUGGAAUCAAUUGUUUAUAUUUAUGACUAUGCUAAAAUUGCAAAUGGAAUUGAGUUGCCUUUAUGCAAAACAUUUUUGGCAUGUGAAUUUACUCAAAAAUAAUUAUUAAAAUAAUUAAUAGAGCUAACAAUGCCAUGUGUAUUGUUUUACACACCACUCUGACAUACUUCAUGUGCUUGGAGUUCUGGUUUUUACUGUAAAGAAAAGAAGCCACUAGACUAAUAACACCGCAAAACAACUCUUUUUAUGUACUGUCGUACGUUUCAGUUUGUUCAAUGUCAAUAAUUAUAAUUAUAAAAAUAACUAAUAGAGCUAAUUACCCACUUUGUGUUUGUUUUGCUCUCUAAAAGAUUUCAUGUGCUUGAAGUGAUGGCAUUUUCUGUAAAGAAAAGAAGCCACUAGACUAAUGAACUCUUUGUAUGUACUGUCGUAUGUUUAAGUUUUUUUAAUAUAAAGAUGUAUACUGUUGUUAUACAGUCAAAUUGUUAAGGCUUUCUUACUAUAUACAUGUACAAAUAUAUAUUACUGAUGUGGUUAUUAAGUAAAUUCAUAUAAAUAUAAUUACUUUAUAGCAUAUCUUGAACAUGUAUACACAUACAUGUAGAUGUAUUUCAUUAGCAAACAACUGUAUUAAGAACAAAAAAACGCCUUGCAAUAUUUUUUUACCUUAGCUUGAACAUUUAUAUCAGAGACAACGGUGUGUGUUCUGCUAUAUAUAAACAAACAUGUUGGAAGUUAUGAAAAUAAUGACAUGCUUAACUUACAUUCUAAAGCUUACAGUGUUAAGUGGACGAGCUGUUUGACAAUUAAAGGUGAUUCCAUUUUAGUUAAAAAAGUUCUUUGUAUCAUUACUGAUGGCUAGUUCUUUCUCAAUCUAAAUUUUAAGUUCCAUGCUUCAUAAACCAAUUGAAAUUAUGUAUUGUUUUAUGUAUUUCAUGUUGAAUGGAUACUACCUCAUUAUUUAAUAAUAAACUUCGCAAUAAUAGUAUUACCGUCUGUUGUAUUUAAUGAGUUAAUUCCAAAACUAAUAUUUAAGAAUGAUAUUUUAUUCACAGUAUUGGGCGCGUGGCCAAGUCACUUUAACACUAUCAAUAUGGCAUAAAACACCUUAUUUUCAUUAAAAAAAUCUGAUAUAAUAUAUAUAAAAAUAAGGUAGGUACUCUUGACACAUGACGAUCACCUACAUCAACAUUUUUAAGCCAUUAAGUGCCUAAAUGGCGGUCAAUUUUUCUAAACUGUGUAUCAUUUUGUUGGGAAAGGAUGCCUCGUGACGAGAAAUGACCACCAACAGCUACUUGCCACCUUACACUACAAGAAAAACUUCUCGAACUCGAAGAAAUGCUAUGUCGCCUCCCAUCUUACAAGAGUAAAAGUAUCGAAAUACCCUAGCCACCGAACUCAAUACGUAUUUGUACAAUGAACAAAUACGAGUAGAUGUAGGUGAUUUUCCUGUGUCAAGAGAUACCUACCUUGUUUAUAUAUAUAUUAUAUCAGAUUUUUUUGAUUUUUUUCAAUGAAAAUACUACGCGCCCAAUACCUGUGAUUUUAUUAUGCCCCCCUUCGAAGAAGCGGGGGUAUAUUGUUUUGCACAUGUCGGUUGGUCCAUCCACCAAAUGGUUUACGGAUGAUAACUCAAGAACGCUUAGGCCUAUGACCAUGAAUCUUCAGAGGUACAUUGAUCAUGACUGGCAGAUGACCCCGAUUGAUUUUCAGGUCACUAGGUCAAAGGUCAAGGUCACAGUGAUUCGGUCAUUAAACUUCAUAGAUACAUUGAUCAUGACAGGCAGAUGACCCCAAUUGAUUUUCAGGUCACUAGGUCAAAGGUCAAGGUCUGAGUGACUUGAAAGAGUUAAAUGGUUUCCAGAUGACUACUCAACAGCGCUUAGGCCUAGAAUCAUGAAACUUCAUUGGUACAUUGAUUAUGACUAGCAGAUGAUCCCUAUUGAUUUUAAGGUCACUAGGUCAAAGGUCAAGGUCACAGUUACUCCAAACAGUAAAAUGGUUUCCAGAUGAUAACUCAAGAAUGCUUAGGCCUAGGAUCAAGGAACUUCAUUGGUAUAUUGAUCAUGACUGGCAGAUGACCCCUAUUGAUUUUAAGGUCACUAGGUCAAAGGUCAAGGUCACAGUGACAAAAACGGAUUCACACAAUGGCUACCACUUCAACUGACAGCCCAUUUGGGGGCAUGCGUGUUUUGCAAACAGCCCUUGUUAUGCAGUUGUUGUUGUUCAAGAAAUGAUGCCAACUGAUUCCAGGUACGUUUUGUGUGUUUGUACUAAAAAAAUAGAUGUUCUUUGAUAACGAUAUUUCACCACAGAUGUCACAUACUAAAGAGUUUGAUAAUUUGCAUUUAAAGAGGUAUUUUUCAUAUUAGCAAGAUAGCUUUUUUUGUUUAAGAGUAGAUGGAGUUGUACAAAAAAUUGUAAUAGUUUCAACUCGUUUUGUUUACAGAGUUUUCAUGAUACAAUAAUUGCUAUUCUAGAAUAAGUGUUCUGUUAUUACAACAUUUACGACAAGUUUGUGAUUUUUUUGUUCAUUUUAACGUUCCUCGCUGUUUACACACUAUUUCGUAUGUGUUCAUGGUGUUCUACGUGUUUUGCUCUUGCUCUAAGGAUUAUUCCAUCAAGAUGGUUACUGUAAAUGUCUUCUAACACUUGCUUUUGUUUUAAUGGUUUAACAUUAAAUAAUGGUUUUGUCGAUGGUAUUUGUGUUAUGUCAUUGUCUUUGUAAAGUCUCGUCAUCUGGUUGUGUAUAUUCAACAAGCUUGAGUGUGUUUAGCUCACCUGAGCACAACGUGCUCAUGGUGAGCUUUUGUGAUCGCUUUUUGUCCGUCGUGCGUCGUGCCUUCAACAUUUGCCUUAUUAACUCUCUAGAGGCCACAUUUAUUGUCCAAUCUUCAUCGUCAGAAGAUUGGUCUCAAUGAUAUCUUUGAUGAGUUCGAAAAUGGUUACAUUUGCUUGAAAAACAUGGCUGCCAACGGGCGGUGCAUUUUUCCUUAUAUGGCUAUAUAUGGCUAUAGUAAAAUCUUGUUAACAUUCUAGAGGCCUUAUUUAUUGUUUGAUCUUCAUGAAACUUGGUCAGAAGAUUCAUCCCAAUAAUAUCUUUGACGAGUUCGAAAAUGAUGCGGGUUGAUUGAAAAACAUGGCCGCCAGGGGGCGGGGCAUUUUUCCUUAAAUGGCUUUAGUAAAACCUUGUUAACACUCUAGAGGCCACAUUUAUUUUCCAAUCUUCAUGAAACUUGCUCAGAAGAUUUGUCUUAAUGAUAUCUUGGAUGUGUUCAAAAAUGGUAACGUUUGCUUAAAAAACAUGGCUGCCAAGGGGCAGGACAUUUUUCCUUAUAUGGCUAUAUAUGGCUAUAGUAAAAUCUUGUUAACACUCUAGAGGCCACAAUUAUUGUCCAAUCUUCAUGAAACUUGGUCAGAAGAUUCAUCCCAAUAGUAUCUUGGAAGAGUUCGAAUAUGAUGCCGGUUGGUUGAAAAACAUUGCCGUCCGGGGGCGGGGCAUUUUUCCUUAUAUGGCUAAAUUAAAACCUUGUUAACACUCUGGAGGCCACAUUUAUUUUCCGAUCUUCAUGAAACUUGGUCAGAAGAUUUGUCCCAAUGAUAUCUUGGAUGAGUUUGAAAAUGGUUACUUUUGCUUGAAAAACAUGGCUGUCAAGGGGCGGGUUAUUUUUCCUUAUAUGGCUAUGUAGGGCUAUAGUAAAAUCUUGUUAACACUCUAUAGGCCACAUUUAUUGUCCAAUCUUCGUGAAACUUGGUCAGAAGAUUCAUCCCAAUAAUAAUUUGGACGAGUUCAAAAAUGAUGCCCAUUGGUUGAAAAACAUCGCCGCCAGGGUACGGGGCAUUUUUUCUUAUAUGGCUAUAGGAAAACCUUGUUAACACUCUAGAGGCCACAUUUAUUGUCCAAUUUUCAUGAAAUAUGGUCAGAAGAUUUUCUUAUUGAUAUCUUGGAUGAGUUUGAAAGUGGUAACAUUUGCUUGAAAAACAUGGCUGCCAAGGGGCGGGGCAUUUCUUUUUCUAUGGGUAUAUAUAGCUAUAGUAAAAUCUUGUUAACACUCUAGAGGCCACAUUUAUAGUCCGAUCUAAAUGAAACUCGGUCAGAAGAUUCAUCCCAAAAAUAUCUUGGAUGAGUUCAAAAAUGAUGCCGGUUGGUUGAAAACAUGGCCACCACGGGGGCGGGGCAUUUUUCCUUAUAUGGCUUUAGUAAAACCUUGUUAACACUCUAGAGGUCACAUUUAUUUUCCGAUCUUUAUAUAACUUGGCCAGAAGAUUUGUCCCAAUGAUAUCUUGGAUGAGUUCGAAAUUGGUUUUGGUUGCUUUAAAAACAUGGCCACCAGGGGCGGGACAUUUUUCCUUAUAUGGCUAUAUAGUGCUUAAGUAAAACCUUGUUAACACUAUAGAAUCCACAUUUAUUGUCCAAUCUUCAUGAAAUUUUGUUCAAAAGAUUGGUCUCAAUGAUAUCUUGGAUGAGUUCGAAAAUAAUUAUGUUUGCUUGAAAAACAUGGCUUCCAAGGGGCGCGGCAUUUUUCCUUAUAGGGCUAUAGUAAAAUCUUGUUAACACUCUAGAGGCCACAUUUACUGUCCGAUCUUCAUGAAAUUUGGCCAGAAGAUUCAUCCCGAUAAUAUCUUGGAAGAGUUCAAAAAUGAUGCCGGUUGGUUGAAAAACAUGGCUACCAGGGGACGGGGCAUUUUUCCUUAUUUGGCUAUAGUAAAACCUUGUUAACACUCUAGAGGCCACAUUUAUUUUCCGAUCUUCAGGAAACUUGGUCAGAAGAUUUGUCCCAUUAAUAUCUUGUUAUCUCAGGUGAGCGACUGUGGGCCUUUCAGGCCCUCUUAUUUUAAAUUUAUUUUAAUGAGGUUACAUUGUAUGCAAUUGUUGUAUUGCGUUAGUUACUUUUUAAAAAUCUCCCAUAAAGUUUUUGGGUUUGAAAAUGUUGUGUUUGUUGUACUUCAUGUGUUCCCACAUUUUUUAUUUGUGCUAGAUAUUGUGCAUAUAACAAAACUCUCAAUAAUAAAAUUGAAUACAGAA